CUCCGCGUGGUCUUGGCUCGCCCCGCCCUUCCUAGCAAGAUGGCGGCUCCCAGGUGGAGCGUGUUGGGCUUCUGGAUCCGGGGAAACAGCCAGGGUUUAGGGAGUGUCUUAAUUCUCAUCUCAAAGCCAUUUUGUUCCGCUGCCGCUGCCUCUGAGCCCUUAAAUGCUCAGAGAUUAGCGGAGAAGCUCAAAGCCCAGAAACAGGAACAAGUCACAAAGAAGGAGCCGGUGUCCACAAAUCCUGUUCAGCGGAGAGUGCAAGAAUUAGUGCGGUACACACAGCAGCUACAGCGAGUCCACCCUAACGUGCUUGCUAAGGCACUAACCCGAGGAAUUCUCCACCAGGACAAGAACCUUGUGGUCAUCAAUAAGCCCUACGGUCUCCCUGUGCAUGGUGGCCCUGGGGUCCAGCUCUGCAUCAGUGAUGUACUACCUAUCCUGGCAAAGAUGCUUCAUGGCCACAAGGCAGAGCCCUUGCACCUGUGCCACCGGCUGGACAAGGAAACCACAGGCGUAAUGGUGUUGGCUUGGGACAAGGACAUGGCACAUCAAGUCCAAGAGUUGUUUAGAACCCGUCAGGUGGUGAAGAAGUACUGGGCCAUCACUGUGCGCGUCCCCACGCCCUCAGCAGGAGUCGUGGACAUCCCCAUCAUGGAGAAGGAGGCCCAAGGCCAGCAGCAACACCACAAGAUGACAUUGUCUCCGAGCUACCGCAUGGAAGAUGGGAAAAUGGUGAAAAUGCGGAGCAGCCGGAACGCACAAGUUGCUGUAACUCAGUACCAGGUGCUCAGCAGCACUCUCUCCUCCGCCCUCAUGGAGCUCCAUCCCAUCACUGGAGUAAAACAUCAGCUUCGAGUUCACUUGUCGUUUGGAUUGGAUUGUCCAGUCCUUGGGGAUCACAAGUACUCAGACUGGAACAGGCUGGCCCCUCAGAAGCUGUCUGUGGGCAUCCUGAAGAAGUUGGGGCUGGAACAGUCGAAGGCCCGCUACAUCCCCCUUCACCUGCAUGCCCGGCAGCUGAUCCUGCCUGCCCUGGGGUCCAGGAAGGAGGAACUUAACUUGGUCUGCAAACUUCCUCACUUCUUUGUACGUUCCCUACGCCGCCUGGGUUUAGAGAUGCCAAAUCAGGAUCAAAGUAAGAACAACGAAGCACGGUGAAGACCAUGGGAGCACCCCGGCAUCUGGGAGCACAGUGAAGACCGUGGGAGCACCCUGGCAUCUGGGAGCACAUAUUGGCCCCUGAUCUGUUCUUUGUUUACGGGACUCUCCUAACUUCUCACUUGGAACAGACUCCAGAAGAGCCAGGUGGGAUAAGGAGGGCUUUUAAUGGAGAACAAAGCCUAUUCACUGAUAGUUUAGCUACACUGUGGAAAGCCUCCCUGCCACAGGCUCUCAUUGCCAAUAUGAAACAGCCCAGGGCGAGGCAAAUUGGGGCAGUGACUGGAAAGGAAAACUAAAUGACAGACUCUAGGGUCAGAAACUGUUUUAUCCAGCAGUGAAGCACUGGAGCUCUCCGGAAGGUUCCCAUGGUUGGAAAGAACAUAAUGGUUAGAAAUAUCACGGCAUCCAGGAAUUGUCCAGCUAUAGCGUGGGUGCCCUACUGCACUCCGAUUGUGGAACCUGUGAAAGGGUGCUGAGUGAGAGGUUGAGGUGGGGCAUUUGCUAAGCAAGGAGAGCAGGUGUGAAUGGCAGGCAGGUAACAUGCAUACAUGAGGCUGGCUGGGUGUGAGGUAGUCACGGGAGCGGCACACUGUCUAACAGUUGUUAGCUCCAGCUUGUUCUUGCCACGUGGGAAUGGAUUUUCUCAUUUAUUUCUUCAGAGAAGCUGUAAACCUGGAUACUUAUGUGAAACCUCCCAGUGUAUUGCCAACUAAGUAGAAUUUUUAAAGAUGCUUAGGCAGCCAAGCGCGUAAUACUUGCAGGUUGAUUUUGGUCUACAGGCUAGCAGUUUACAAUCUGUGUUUAAUGAAUGGCAGAGAAGUUUGAGGAAAGGUGCCUUGUUGAAAAUUUAGCUGCAUGUAGUAUGUAUCCUUUCUAGACUUGGAGAUGGCUUUGGUUGGUCCAUAAAUGUGCAGUUCCGAGAGUGCUGCCAUUAAAAUAAAAAAUCUCUGUUGUGGAAGCAUACCUCCUGUUCUUGGGCCUCAGAAAGGAGAGGGCUGUACUGAACACCAGUAGGGAUAAGUGGAAACGACCUUGGCCUCCCUGCUCCGUUGGUCCAUCUAGCUCCCACCUUGUUCCUUGCAGAUGAAUACACCUCACACUACUUUAGGCUGACAAAGAAAGGUGGAGUGAUGGCACUGUUAGGGGGUACACCCCGGCACAACCUUUAUGUUCCCUCUGUGUAGAUGAUGCCACUUCUAACCCUUCCCUGUCUCUAUGGUACCUGUUAUUGUGCAUAAUAAAUUUAACUUUGAAAGCACA